AUGUCUACAUAUAACUAGCAGCGCACCAAUGCUACUCUCCCCGAGCUCUUCGACGCUCUGCACGAUGUUAUGCUCUUUGACCGUGCUUGCUGCCGCUGUGCUGUAUUCGAGCAGAAAUGGAGCACUUGUACAAGCUAUUCCGACCGCCGAAAGUGUAGGCUCCGAUCUACGCUUGCUAUUUCAAAAUGACCUUGACUGGCGCACAACGGCUGAACAUACUAGCACUAUUCUCCUCAGCUCACGCACCAAUUCUGCUGCAAUAACCGCCUGUUCCAAGUUAUCCGAAAGUCUCUUAACUACGAAUGGGACCUUCUUUUCUUCCGACACGAAACAUCUCAUCCAAUACCUCGCCUUAAAUGGUGGUGCAGCACCCUCACAAAAUUACUGGGUCAGCUCCACAGAUUCCACGUCUAAGCGAGCCUGCACGGCAGUAUCGACGAAAGGCCUUUCCAGCGUGGAUUGCGACCAGUCGCUACCUGCGUUUUGUUCGAAUAGCGCACCGAACAAGAUCUCCGGACAGACGGAUCUGAGCCCGGAGUUUCAGGUGCAGGUUUCGUCCGGGAACAUAACUUUCACUGGAACGCGCGAUCACCUCUCCUUCCGCUUUCUAGGCAUCCCCUACGCCAACUUUCCCGAGCGUUUCACCUACUCCCAUCUCUAUACCGGCACCUCUCCCACCUCACCCGGUACCAACAUCUCCGCACUUUCCUUUGGCUCGCCGUGCAUCCAAGUCGGCGGAACCGGGAAUGAGGAUUGCCUUUUCCUCAACAUCUUCACCCCGUUGAUUCCUAUCUCAAAAACCCCGAGGCAGACUGAGCUGAAGCCGGUUAUGUUCUGGAUACACGGAGGCGCCUUUACCAGCGGAGAAGGGAGUGAUGCGAUCUUCGAUGGCGGGAACUUGGUGAGUAGGGGCGAUGUUGUGGUUGUGACCAUCAACUAUCGCCUCGGGGCACUUGGCUUCCUCGCCCUCGAAGAUGGUGUGACUAAUGGAAACUUUGGUAUUGCGGAUCAGAUCACAGCUCUCAAUUGGGUAAAAGCACACAUUGCCACCUUCGGUGGUGACCCUUCACGGGUCACUAUUUUCGGUCAAUCCGCCGGUGCAGGCUCCGUUCGUGCCCUCCUCGCUGCACCGCCUGCAUUUGGGCUCUUUGCGGGUGCCAUCGCUCAGUCCAACCUCGAUGGUUUUGCCUUUGCGAGCACGUACUCGAACUACUUUACUAUACCUGAAGAAGUCAAUGUGACUGCAGCUGCCUUCCUGAACGAUGUGGGAUGUGCAGCGGUUAAUGGAACGAGUGGGGAUGCGGAGGUGUUGGAGUGCUUGAGAGAGAUUGAUGCAUCCGUUUUGCAGAAUGAUGCGAAUGCGCCAAAAUUUAUCGUCGUCGAUGGCCACUUUAUUACUACGGAUCAACUUGUUCUUAAUGGCAGCGUUUCUGUCGCGCCCGCGCACGUCAUCUUCGGCUGGAUGGCUGAUGAUGGGACAGAUUUUGCGGGUUCAUUCCCCACCAAUUCAACGAAUCAGGCUGCAUCUGUCGAAGGUAUUGGUAUUAGUGCGGAUAUAGCAGGAGUCGCUCUGGAUUCUGGGCUGUUCCCGGCUCCGUCGACGGGGAAUGAGACGAUGGACAUAUUCAACGUUACGAGCCGGGUGUCUACUGAUGGCCAGUUCUUGUGCCUGGAUCAAGCAACCGUCUUCUCCGCCGCGAAGCACCGCAUCUUUAAUUCCGUCUGGGCGUACCAGUUCGACAGGAGCUACAUGGGCUUCGAACCUAUUCCAGGCAUAUGCGACCCACCUGCAACAGAGACGCAUCCGUUUGGCGAUCCGACGUUGCCCUAUUUCCGAUGCCACUCCGGCGAACUCUUCUUCAACUUCGGUACCCUGGGUCAAUCCGUCCCAGGUCAGCCCUUCCGAGACUCUAACGACCUCGUCUUCUCGCAGAUUAUAGUCGACCAAUGGGCCUCCUUCGCCCGCUCCUUCGAUCCUAAUCCGUCCACGGCCUUCUUGCAAGCCCGUGGAUACACCAACACUACGGAGGCCUUGAAGAGGGAUGGGAAGUGGCUUCCGGUGGGAAGUAUUGACGGGUUAAACGGGACAGAGGAGGUGAGGUUGCUGGACGUCCCGAGUCGAGGAGUUGGAUGGAUGGAACAAGGGCAGUGUGGGGUGUUGGGAUUUCCGGUUACAUUCUAUGAGUCGAAGUGAAGCCGUUACGCGGAUUACAGGACAGUACAAGAACGUAAAACGGGUUUUAUGGAUCAAAGUGCCUGUCGUUGUGACCUAGUCCGUUCUCCUAUGUGUCCCCGCGAACGCCAGACACUUCUUCGCCGAUUUCUUAUCUUGUUCCUUGUUGUUCCUUGGUGACGCGGGCACUUGGUCAGUUGACGUCUGUUGACGUUCUACCAGGUUCUACCUUUGGUUCGCUUUUGAGUUUGUGUAGAUCUGGCAUCGGAGGAGCUGCGGCAUGUGUAUCGGGGUUUUAGCCUCUUCCGACUCGGAAGGAAGGUUGAACCUUCCAGACUCCGGGAAGGUUGAA